CGUCCUGCCCCGUGCAGAGCCCAGCCCUGCGGUCGCCGGGUCCCGAGCCGCCGGCAGCCAUGGCUCCUGCGGCGGGGCGCUGGGCCCCCGGCCUGUGGCGGGCCUGCAACUGGCUCAUGGCCGCCUUCUUCGCGCUGGCGGCCUUGGUGCAGGUGAACGACCCAGAUGCAGAACUGUGGAUGGUGGUGUACAUGAUACCUGCGGCGCUGAGCCUGCUUGUUGGACUUAACCCUCUUGUCACGGGCAACUUUAUCUGGAAGAGUGUCUCCACAAUACACAUACUCGUUUGUAUCGUGUGGGCUGUCAGCUUGGCGUGCCACCUCUGGCUUCACUCCCAACAGAACAUCUUACAUGAGGAAGAAGGCAGGGAGCUGUUUGGUCUGGUGAUUAUCACAGUAUGGAUGAGUCUAUGUCACAGUUCAUCAAAGAAUCCAGCUGGUGGAAGAAUUCAGUUGGCUACUGCCGUUGUAAUCACUCUCCUCCCAUUUAUCUCUUGGAUCUACAUAUACAUCAACAAGGAGAUGCGGUCCUCCUGGCCGACUCACUGCAAAACAGUAAUUUAAAUGAAGUCAAGAAUCCUGUUCUUAAAAUGAGUAUUGUUGAUCAAUUGUUUAUAAACAUAUGUAACCAGCCAAUAUAUGUAAGAAGCCAAUUUCCUAGGAGUUUAUUUCAGGUAAUUUGAGCUAAUAUUAGAGAUGAUUUUUUAAAAAAUUCUAAGAACUUUCUGAGGAUGCCUACAAUACAGCAUAGGAUUGCAGGGGACUGGUAAGAGAUAGGGGUCUGACAUUAUGUUGUGUCACCAUGUAGUAGAAAAGGCAGCAGAACAAAAGUUCAGAAAUAGGAAUUCUAACUCAGCUUACCACUAUCUAUCUAUAUGACUUGGGCAAACAUAUGAACCUCCUGGUGGAUAUCUUCAUCUGCAAAAUAGGAUUAAUGCCAGAUCUCCUACUCACUUGUGCAGUAGUUGCAAGGAUUAAACUGGAGAAUAGGAGAGCACUCCAAAAGUACCAAGUGCUCCUAAGGGAUUACACGUGAUUAAAACAGGAAAGCAGGGUUUGAGUGCUGUGAUGGAAACAGAGGUUCAAGAAAGGGCUGUGCCCCUGGACUGAACUCCCUGUAUGCAGGACCGGUGCAGUGCCAUGAACGAAACGAAGAUGCCAAAUGAAUGAGCAUGUAGCAUAAAGGAAUUUGGGAUCAAAAGGAAAGAGGGAAUAUUAACCACAUUGUAAAUGAAAAAGAAGACUAAGAUCUAUACACAUUAAAAAAAAAAAUGUCAAAGAUAGCCCUGGGGAGAAGACCAUUUUAGAGCUGUGCUCUCCAAUGUGACAACCUGCAUUACCAUAACCGUGAUGCAUAUACACACACACACACACACACACACACACACACACACACAACAUGGUAACGUCACCACGGUGCAUACGCACAUGCACAGACAUGAGAACAUCACUGUGGUGCAUACAUCCGUGACAUGGUAGCAUAACAUGGUAACAAAACCAUAACGUGUUGCACUGAGUACUUGAAAUGUGGCCAGAAUGGGGCAGUAAAAUUCUACUUUGUUCAUUUUAAUUUUAAAACCUAAUUCAAUUAUGAGAAAACUUGUAAAAGUGUUUUGGAACAACUUGUGUAUGUGACCCUACUUCUUUAACCUCAAGUUUUAUAUCUAAAUAUAGAUGAAGUAUUUCCAGUGAAAAUAUUUGUCAUGUCCAAUGGAUGGGUUAUAAAGUAUAAAAUACAUACUGGAUUUUAAAGACAGUACAAAAAAUGUAAAAUGUUCUUAUAUUGAUUACAUGUUGAAAUGAUGUUUUAGAUAUAUUUGAGUUAAUAUAAACUAUAUCAAUUAAAGUUGUUAGGGUUAUCUGUUUGCAUUUACUUUGUAAAAUGUGACUGCUUUUAAAUUACUUCUGUGGCUCACAUUGUAUUUUUGUUGGAUGGCAAAUUUUUUAUACAAGCUAUCUUUAAACUUUGGAGUCCAAAUCUCAUUUUAUGAGAUUGAGGAAAUAUUUCACUCAAAAAAUAUUUCUACUCUCUAUCAAAAGAGUGGAAAUAAGUCUGGCCAAGUGUCUAUUUUUACACCCUUUAAUACAAUAUUAACUAUUCAAUAGAUAUUUGUUAAAGAAGGUAUGUAUGGUUUUUUGUUUUACACAAUGGCCACUGGACAGGCAAAAUUCUCUAUUAAGAUUUAGAUGAGGGAAAAGGAAGAAAAAAAUCUAGUCAAUAUUAAAGCAAAUAAUGUGAAAUUUAUUUUAAGGGCCAAUAAGAUACAUAUGAAGGCUUUCAGUGUUCCAGUGAACAUUUAGCUUAUGUGAUACUUACGGUUUUUACAUCUCUUUUAAUGUAACUACUAAAAUCACACGUGAAAAAAAUGGAUUCCUUUGCAAAUUCUAUAUAGGAUCUAUGUAACCUCCAGGUAAUGCCUGACUCUACUUAAAAGACGGUAAUAUUCCAAUAUUUUUAAAAAGUGGUGUUCCAAAUAUACUUUCAUCCUAUCUGCACCUCCGGUAUCACUACGAAUUCCAAGAUUAUAGGGAGUUCCUUUUGUAUCUUGAUAAGCAUGGAAAAAUUUGGAAGAGCACUGCCUCCUGAGAGGAGUCCUUCUUACUGAGAUUGUUGUAAACUCUAUUUCUCAAGUGAAUUUCAGUGAACUCCAGGUCUUUAGUACCCAAGCCUCUUGCCUUCCCACUCGCCUUUUUCCUUCCCUCUGGCACUGGUCUCCAUCAGCCUCUCAGGGACAUGGAUCCAAUCACAGUCUCCCCAGUGGAAACGGGGGGCUCCCUGUGGUCUGACAAGCCCAGUUCCAACUGUGGGCUCACCAUUCAAGGCUCUUCACGACAUGGCCCUGUUAGCUUCCCGUGCCAUGUCUUGCCAUGAUCCUAGGCACCUUUUGGUCAAUCUUCACAGCGUCCCUCAUCACUCCUACAGUCUGCAUGCCCUCUGACCUCAGCUGAGUCUACUUUGCCUACCUGUCACAACCAUCUUCCUCCUCUUUCAUGUCAUUUCUGAUCCCGUUAAACAAAAUUGAACUCCCCCUGGCCCCCACACACCCAGGCCCUUCUGCACACGUCUGCAUCUGUGGGUGGUAAGGUCAGUGAAUGCAGGAAGCACACUAGUUACCUCUCUGGUGGGGGGACUCACAGCUCUCAAGGAUAUGCAGGUCCUGGUCCCCAGAACCUGGGACCAUCACCUUGCAUCACAAACCAGGCUUUGCAGAGACGAUCAAGGUGCAGAUCUUGAGAUGGGGAGAGAAUCCUGGAUCCUCCAGAGGAUGCCUGGAGAUAAUCACAAUUGUCCUGACAAGAGGCAGGCAGGCAGAGGGAGGUCUGAAGAGGCUAUGAUGUGGGCUCUGAGGAUGGAGGGAUGGGCCAGGAGCCAGGAAUAGAUUGCAGGAAGUGGGCUCUAGAAGCUGGGAAAGCCAAGGAAGCAGAUUCCGCUGCAUGGAGUCCCUGGUGGCAGGAAGGCAGGCCUGUCAAUACCUUGAACUCAGCCCAAGGCAAAUGGCUCAGGCUCCUGGCCUCUAGAACUGUAAGAGCACAGACGUGCUGCUGG